AUGACUGCCUAUAAACCAUGGGAAUCAGUACCAUCAAUGCCCAGUCAACCAUUUCCAUCAUCUUUUAAUACAAUCAACAAUGGAUUUAUGUCCACUAAUGAAUCUAUACGAACACAUGGUGUAAAUCCUCCGCCACCACCACGAAUAAUUCAACAACCACAAUCAAUAGGCGUUUAUCCUGUAACAAAUUAUUCAAAUCCUUACCAUGGUCAACAAUCAACCUCUUAUAAUAAUUAUUAUUCGAAUCAGCUAAAUACACCGAAGAGUAAUUUUACUCAAAUAGCUCUAGAAGAAUCUCGUUCAGCAUUUAAUUCAAUUGAAUCUAUAAUUCAAACAUUUCAUUCGAUAACAUCUAUGUUUGAAACAACAUUUACAAAUAUUCACACAUCAUUUCGUACUAUGAUUGAUUUAUUUGAUCAUUUUACUAGACUUCGAUCUGAACUAACAACAUUAUAUCCAUUAGUUUUAUUUUGGCGAUUUUUUAAACAUAUUUUUAAUCGUUUAUUAAAAAUUUUUCAUUUACGAAAAACUAAAAAUUUUGAAGAUUCAUGGACGACUAUUUAUAAUAGUUUACAACAAACAACUGAAUCAACAGAAAAAGUACAUAAACAAUCAUCAAGUUUACUUGUUGCUCUAUUUUUUAUUGUAUCAUUUGGUACACCAAUGUUAAUGUUAAAAUUUCUUAAUUCAACUAUUAAAAAACGACAAAUGAAUAAUAAUUGGAUACAACAAGAGAAGAAUCAAGCAUGUGUAGUGGCACUUUAUGAUUAUGUUGCUAGAAAUUCGGAUGAAUUAUCAUUUACACGUGGUACAACUAUUUAUUUAGCACCGUCUGCAUAUCAAUCAACAAAAUCUUGUUGGUUUUUGGGUACUAUUGAUCAUAUUCAUACAGGCUUGAUACCAGCUAAUUAUGUUCAACCACUUCGAACAAAAGCUUCAUCUAAUACUAAUUUUCAAUCACAAACACCUUAUAAUGUCAAUUCAGAUAUUUCUUCUCCUCAUGUGCCUUCUGUAAAUACGGAUAUUUCUCAGUCUACUAGUCAAGGAGAAGAACAAGCAAUAAUCUCUUGA